AUGCUUUGCCUCGCGAACAUAGACCAAGUUUCGGGGCAAUCGUUCGACUAUGUCGUCAUCGGGGGAGGUACAGCGGGCCUAGUCGUCGCUACUCGGCUCUCAGAAGACACAGACAGACCGUGCUCGUCCUUGAAGCAGGAGGAAGCCCUGAUAACGAUCCUAUACUCUACGAUGAGCUUGGCGUUGAACAGUGACGAUACAGAUCUCCCAGCGCAACAGCGCAAGUUCUUUGGCCAUAAAGAGCAUGACUGGGGCUUCGAGACAAUCCCGCAGGCACAUGCUCACGGCGUGAUAAUGCAGUGGCCACGACGCCAGAUUUUGACGCGCUCGGAUACAACAGACCCCGAGUGCUUGGAGGAGGAUCUGCGGGGAAUUUCUCUUGGGAGCGACUUGGUAACCAGGAUGGAACUGGGAGACCCAUCAGCGAUACUCCAUCAAAGUGGAAAGGUUGAUUCCACCACUUCAAGACAUGUCCAUACCACGCGAGCUAUUGGUUCCUCAAGCGAUGUACGGUUCGCAAGGCCCAAUCGCCCUGUCGUACGGAAAGAUACAGCCGGGUGGAAUACCAUCUUCGCCGAGGCGAUGGCGAGCAAUGGCAUGCACAACGUGGAGAUUGAUCCCAUGUCUGUCGAUCCGCACACAAUGAGGCGAUCUUCGGCAGCACGCGAACUGCAGGACUACCUGCGUACUGCGGGCUCACGUCCAAAUCUGAAAGUCGUUUUGAAUGCGCGCGUCUCACGUAUGAAGCUCGUAGAUGGCCCCGAUGGUGCCGUCGCGGAGGCUGUGGAAUUUUGCAUCGAUGGAGUACGGCAUGAAGUCCGGGUGAAAGGCGAGGUUGUCCUAUCCGCAGGGACUAUUCAAUCUCCUCAAAUUCUGGAGCUGUCGGGCAUCGGCGAUACCAGCGUCCUGAAAAAGUGCGGUAUCAAAACGAAGGUGGAUCUACCCGCCGUAGGCACGAACCUGCAGGAACAUUUGAUGGCGAGUGUGGUCCAUGAGGCGACAGAAACGAGAGACCCGGAGAAGUGGGUUACCCACGAUCCGCUCCGCGACCCCCUUGUGGAUGCGGAACAAGUUAAGCUACUCCUGUCGGCUGUGGACCCCGAGUGUGCCAAGGCGAUCGUCGAGAAGAUUCCCUCCGGAGAAGGCGUCCCGGGACUGCCAGAACAGUAUGCGGAGCAAUUAAAGCACUACAAGAACGACGUUCCGUCCUUCGAGUUGCUGCCGGCCCCGUCAUUUCGUGGUAGAACGAGGGCACUGUGCACAUUGCUUCCAGCGACCCACUCAGCGUCCCAGAGAUCGAUCCUCAUUGCUUCGAAGAAGACGUCGUGCUCCACUCAGCUCCGACCACAAGAUGCACUCGCUUUUCUCGCGGAAUUCAAGAUCGCUCGCAAGGUGCUGCGCACUGAACCCCUCGCCUCUAUUCUCAGUAUGCACACACACCCUUGGUCUUCUGUGCACGCAUCUCACUCGGGCGUCAUCAGAGCCCGAAACCAGUCCUGGCCUAACGUGCAGACCGACGAAGAGCUCGUGGAGUGGCUCAAGAAGCAUUCGGGAACGAGCUGGCACGCUACCGGGACGUGCUCGAUGUUGCCCCGCGACAAGGGCGGAGUCGUGGACCCGCAGCUCAGGGUGUAUGGGACGAAGAACGUGCGGGUCGCGGACCUCAGCAUCAUCCCGCUCACUCCAUGUUGUCAUACCCAGUGUGUUGCUUAUACCAUUGGGGAGAUUGGUGAGUACUUCCAUGGCAAGGACGCCUCCGAAUCCGAACUCAUUCGAAUGAUGACAGCUGCGGAUUUGCUCAAGGGGGUUAUGCUGGGCCCAGAAGCUCGGGGGCCUGCUGGGAGUCAAUGA